AUGUUACUUGAUGCACAAAAAAUAUCAUUAAUAUACGAUUUUUGGAAACUAAAUAAUGAAGAAAAGUAUCUACGUGAUGUUACUGAAUUAUCACGUAAGCUAACAGAAUCCGAUAGUAACGAUGCUGUUGCUAUACAAAGUUGGAUUCCUGAUCUUCUGAAACUUGUCGAAUUAUGGGAACGACAAUCUUUAAAUGAUUUGGAUAUAUUCUAUACAAAUUUAUUAAAAGAUAAAUCAUUCAGUGAUAAAGUUGAUGGUCUAUUACGAUUUCUUUAUGAUAUUCAAUCAUAUGAAUUGGUUAAAUAUCUAUUAGAAAAAAAUGUUCAAUAUUAUAAACAAGAAAAACUUGUGUCAUCAACAAUGAAUGCAUUUCAUGAAUCAUGUGUAUAUGGUUUUAGUCAAGUUUGUUUAUUAUAUAUUCGAAAUAAGCAGGAUAUUAAUGAAACAUUUUCAUUAGUUUAUGAAAAUUUUAAAACAAAUAAAAAAGAAAUUAUUCGAAAUUUAACAGCACUUCAACUUGUUUGUGUAUGGUCAAAAUAUUUUCCCAAAAGACUUCCAUCCUAUGCACAUACAGUGAGAAUUUUAUUGAAUAAUGGUGCAAGAGUUAAUAUGACUUCAACUGAAUUAACUACACCACUACAUUGGACAUGUCGAGCUAAACAUACAACACAAUUAGCACAAGAUCUUAUUGAACAUGGUGCUUGUGUUAAUGCAUGUGAUAAAUUUAAUAUUCAACCAAUUCAUUAUGCAUGUUGGACAAGAAAUCAAACUAUUGUUGAACUUUUACUAUGUAAAGGUGCACAAGUUACAGUUCAGGAUGAUUUUGGUCGUACUCCACUUCAUUUUCUUUGUAUGCCACCAUGUACUGAAGCAAUGACUAAUGAAGAUAAACAACAACAAUAUAAAUUAAUGAAUUAUAUUUUAAAUAAUUGUCAGAAAUAUAAACAAUCAAUUGAUCUAACAAAACAAGAUAAGCUUGGUCAUACAUUAUUAACAUAUACUUGUAUUAGUCAAAAUCUUGCUCUUAUGAAACUUCUCCUUGAAAAACAACCGGAUUUAAUAAAUAAAUCAACAAUUAUUGGAAGAACACCAUUAAUGGUUUCUAUUGAUGUAUGUUUUCUAAAUGGUAUUGAAUAUUUACUUAAACAAUCUAAUAUUGAACGAAAUGCGUGUGAUAGUAACGGUAACACAGCUGUACAUUAUGCAUGUAUGUGUUCAAAUAUUUCCAAACGUUUUAAUCUUCUUCAAUUAUUAAUUAAUGAUAAAAAUGGAAUGUUUGACUUUGAAAAACGAAAUGAACAAUUAAUUGAUCCAUUUAUGUUAUGUACAAUCUAUCAAUCAAUUGAUUUAUGUCGUUUAUUAAUUGAAAAAAAUGUAUCAAUAACAAAAAAAGAUAUGUAUUCAAGACAACCUAUUCAUGUUGCAUGUCAAAUGGGAAAUUAUGAAUUAUUAUCAUUAUUAAUAAAGACGUCAAAUAUAGAUAUAAAUGCAGUUGAUGUUAAUAAUCGUAAUUGUUUAUUUUAUGCUAUAAGUUCAGGUGAUGAAAAAAUUGUUAAUUUAUUAAUUGAAAAUAAUGUAAAUAUUAAAAUUCGUGAUAUUGUUGGUGAUACAUUAUUACAUUUAGCUGUACAACAUCCAACAAAUGCAUAUGAAUUAACAAAAUGUCUAUUAACAAAACAAGAUGGAAAAGAUUUAAUAAAUGAAUCAGCAGCUGAUGGUAUGCAACCACUCUUAUUAGCAGCAAGUUGUAAACAACCAAUGGUUGUUUAUCAUUUACUUAAAAAUGGUGCUGAUAUUAAAGGUGUUGAUAAUGAAGAUCAUACAGCAUUACAUCUUGCAUGUAAAAGUGAUUGUAUGGAAUGUGUUUUCUAUCUUAUUGAAUUUGGUGGUUUAAAUGUAAAUGAACUUGAUUGUUAUGAACAAACACCAUUAUUCUAUGCUUUUGUUAGUAAUAAUUUUGAUCUUGCUCAAUAUCUUAUGGUUUGUGGUGCUAAAAUAAAUAUUCGUAGUAGUCAAAAUUAUUUACCAAUUCAUAUUGGUAUAUUAUUAUCAAAAAAUGACGAAGAUUUUAAUUUAAAUCUAAUUGAUUUAUAUCAAGAUGAAGAUGAAAAUAUUCUUGAUGAUCAAGAUAAUGAUUCUUAUAUAUCACCAUUAUUAUUAGCAUGUAUGCGUGGUCAAUAUGAAGUUGUUAAACAUUUAAUAUUAAAUUAUAAAGUCAAUAUUAUGUCGAAAUGUUCAAAUGGACACACAGCUUUACAUUAUGCUUGUUUAUUAAAACCACCAAAUUCAUUUAAAAUAAUUGAAUUUUUAGAGGAACAUGGAUGUACAUAUGAAAAUGUUGAUGAACCAAAAGGUUCAUUUCUAUAUUCAAUUAUUCAAUAUGGUGAUCGACAAACAAUAAUGUAUUUUAUUGAUAAUUGGCUUAAAACAAGUUCUGAUAUAAAUGAAUUACAUUUUGAUUCAACACUUCUCGAUCUUCUUUAUAAACGUGCACAACAACAACAUCAUGAUCUUGAUACAGACUAUCUUUAUGAAUUAUUUGAUAAAGGUGCUCGUUUACAUUCAACAAAUCUAUCAUCAAGUCCAUGUACAUUAAUAAAUGAUUGUCCACUUUUUUAUUUAUCUUUAAUUGAAUAUAAUUGUACACCAAUCAUAGCUGAUAAAAAUUCAUUUAUUUUGAAUCUUUUAAAUACAAUUUCACUUUAUCCACAUCCUUUAUUAUUAUUAAAUAAGAAAAAUCAAGAACAUAUUACUGUAUGUGGAUAUUUUUUAACUAUUGUUCAAUUUGCACAUUAUUAUUUUGAUAUUGAACAAUUUUAUUCAACGAUUAAUCAACAAUAUAUUCCUCAACUUGAGGCAGAACAAUCAAGUGAAGAAGUUGAAUUACUUCGACAACAAAUACGUAAACUACAAACAACACCAUUGAAAUUAUCUGAUAUAGCACGAAAAACAAUUCGGAUGAAAUUAGAUAUUCCAACAAAAUCUAACUUUGAACAAUUAGAUUUACAUGACCAUCUUAUCGAAUUUCUUUCACAAUGUAGAUUUCAAAGAAUUUAA